CCUCACGCCUAGAUAGUACUUAGAUAUCACUCACACUCACCAUCUUCAAAAAUUCGUAGCUACUUCAACUUUAUUCUUCAUUACCAGAAAACUCCUGAAAACACAAAAAUUAUAUACAAAAAUGUGGCCCUCCUCCGGUUUCAUCGCUCUCCACCCCAGCGACUGCCCGCUGCUCUUCGUUUGCUUGGGGGCCGUAGCGUUGUACUGGCAGCGGGCAGUCAUCGGAAUGCUGAUGGUAAAGGGCCUCGCAACGGAAUUCCAGCUCUCAAAGGAUGACCAGUCGCAAAUUUUGAGCAGUUUCUUCAUCGGCUACAUGAUCUCCGGCGCUCUGGCCUUGUACGUGAUGAACCGACCGAAUAUGUUAAGGGUUUCCACAUUGCGUCCUUCACUGCCAUCCUUAGCUCCUUUUCAAGGGGAGAACUAAGUAACUCAAGGAUCAUUUUCUGAAGAAUGCAAAAACUCGGCAACCUUUAAAUAUGGGACACGAUUUUGCCGCGAAGUUGUGCCUCCUUGCCAUCGCAGUGUCCACUUUUUGCACAUGCUUGAUGGCAAUGAUACCUCCAGUAAUGAUGAAUGGUGGAGAUACGGAUAUUUUGCUGGAGGUGGAACGGGACCAAGCGGGUGCGAAAAGAACGUCUUCAC